AUGACUGUCCAUCCUCCCAGUGUUAACGCGGCCGACACGGACAACAAAGCCUCAGCCUCUCCAGCUCUUCGACAAAGCAAGCUAUCAUGGAGCUCAGACGGAAGACUGAAGGCGCAACCGCCGGCCAGCGCAAAGUCGGAAGACAGGGAUGAACUAGUGAAAGUUGCGAAAGAAACAAUCUCGGUCCUGCCUGGUCUCCUCGUCACCAGACCCGACGCAAAGCCAGAUGGCUACCUCUACGACAAGGACCGAAUCGCACCGCUUGAUCAGAGCUUCUGUCCAAGGCUGCCCAAGACAAAAGUCCGAGUGAUUAGCAGUGAUACCAUUGACGCCGCACUCCAACUCAGCCGUGCACCUUCUGACAAGCCGAUCUGUAUUCUCAACAUGGCGAAUGCAAUCCACGCUGGAGGUGGUUUCAGAACCGGCGCCCUUGCCCAGGAGGAAGCCCUAUGCUUCCGCACUUCAUUGCACUUCACCCUCAAGCUCCGCUUCUACCCUCUCCCAGACAAAGCAGCCAUUUACUCGCCCUACGUCCUCGUCAUCAGAGACAGUCUUGCCAACGGCCACAGAUUGCUCGAUUGUCGUGAUCCUAGCAAGUUGCCGGUCAUAAGCGUCGUCAGCGCUGCUGCCAUUCACCAACCCUCGGUCGGUUGUAAGUUGUGUCAACCAAAAGAGCUGUCACACAACUUCUACGCUAGAGGUGAGGACCGUGAUCUUAUGAGGGAGAAGAUCCGAAUCAUUUUCCGGACAGCCAUCACGAACAAGCAUCGCAAAAUUGUGCUGGGCGCCUUUGGGUGCGGGGCAUUCAAAAAUCCUCCCAGGGAGGUGGCUCGUCUUUUCGCAGAGGUUCUUCAAGAGCCAGAGUUCUCAGGCGGUUGGUGGGAGGACGUUGUCUUCGCCGUGCUCAACCAAGGUUCUGCUGGGAAAACGAACUUUAAUUGGUUCGAGCGGGAGUUAGCCGGAUUGCUGGUGUGA